AUGGCCCAAGGGAAGGGCAGUUCCUGUCUUCGAUCUUCGCUCUUGGGCGUGCCUGCCUACUUCCUGGGGGUCUUGACUGUUGUUUGCUUCGAUGCUGCCCGCGUCUCGCGCCGGGAAGGAGAAGGAAGCGUGGAGCCCUUCGAGACCUCAACCACCCAGGCCCUUCGGGCCAGCGACGUGUCCGAACAUGGCUCGGAGUUCAGGCCAGAAUCGGAAGCAGAACCGCCAACCACGACAAGCACACCAGUGCUGACUACUGCGAAAGUGAAAGCAGGCACCAAGGACAACGAGGACCCAAUCCCGUCUCCGGAUCUGCACUGCGCGUGCGACACCCUGGGCUCAAGUUUAUCCACAUCAGCAAAACAGGUGUCCAGCAGUUGCGCUGGGGCGCUUGGGAUCGUGAAGAGUACGGCUACCAGCAUGGGGCGUUCCGGUUCUUCCCGGCGACAAAGCGUGAAAAGUAUGAUUGGUUUUUGGUGA